AUGGCUAUUCAAGUUUCAUCCCAUAGCUUCACCGGCAAACCCAAAUACAGAUUUGAUGUUUUUCUGAGUUUCAGAGGCGAAGAUACUCGCCACACCUUCACUGUGCCUCUCUACAAUGCUUUGCGCCGUAAGGGAAUCAAUGCCUUCAUUGAUGACAAGAGGCUUGGGAAAGGGGAAGAGAUCUCACCUACGCUUCUUAGAGCCAUUGAGAGAUCAAGAAUUUCCAUUAUCGUGUUCUCUAAGAACUAUGCUACUUCCACAUGGUGCCUAGAGGAACUUGCCCAUAUCAUUUGGUGUCAGAAGCAGAAGAACCAGCUGGUUAUGCCCCUCUUUUACAAGGUGGAUCCGUUGGAUGUUCAGUAUCAGAGAAAUAGCUUUGAAACAGCCAUGGCUGCUCUUGAAGAUAGGUUCAGAGAUGACUUGGUGAAAGUGCGGAAAUGGAGGUUUGCUUUGUCUGAAGCAGCUUCUUUGUCAAAGGCCUGGAUUUUUGAAGAUGGGUACGAAACUAGGUUUAUGGAAAUGAUUGUUAAAGAUGCAUAUGCUAUGCUGCCUCCGAAAAAAUUACAUAACAUUGGGUACAUGGUUGGACUUGAGCCUCGAGUGGAAGAAGUGAUCUCACUUUUGAAUCAAUCCGAUGAGAGAGUUUGUAUGUUGGGGAUUCAUGGAAUUGGUGGACUUGGCAAAACAACCCUUGCAAAAUCAGUCUAUAAUUCAAUCUUCUACCAAUUUGAGGGUGCAUGUUUUUUAUUUGAUGUUCAAGAAGCAUCAAAGAAAUAUCUAGGCAUGGUUCGCCUCCAACAAAAACUUCUAUCAGAGAUUCUUGAGGAGAAGACUAUGAUGAUUGGGAGUGUUGAUGAAGGAAUUUCAAGAAUAAAACAUAGACUUUCUCACAAAAAGGUUCUUUUGGUUCUUGAUGACGUUGAUGAGGUUGAACAGUUAGAAAAACUCGCGGGAGGGUGUGAUUGGUUUGGUUUUGGAAGCAAAGUCAUUAUAACAACAAGAAAUAAGCAAUUGCUAGUUGCACACGAUGUUGAAAAAACGUAUGAAAUGAUCAAGUUGAAUGAGUAUGACUCUGGUGAGCUCUUUUGCUGGCAUGCCUUCCAAAUGAACCAACCUCCGUUAACCUAUCAAGAUAUGUCUAGUCGUGCACUAAGUUAUGCACAAGGCCUUCCUCUGGCAUUAAAAGUAAUUGGCUCCAAUUUGGCAAAUAAAAAUUUAGAGGAGUGGAAGUCUAUAUUGGAACAAUAUGAAAGGAUCCCAGAAAGAACAAUUCAUGAGCUUCUAAAGAUAAGCUAUAAUUGCUUACAGGCUGGUGCUAAGCGUAUUUUCUUAGACAUUGCUUGUUUUGUUAACAAAGAGAUGAUGGGAUCUAUUAAAGAAAUAGUAGAAGCUUGUGAUUUUGGUGCUAGGUUUUAUCUUGAAGUUCUUGUUGAUAAAUCUCUAAUAACUUCAGUUCCUGGAGAUGAUGACUUUUUCAUGCAUGAUCUAAUAAGACAGAUGGGAAGAGAGAUCGUCAGACAAGAAGCACCAUUAAAUCCUGAAAAGCGCAGCAGAUUAUGGUAUUACGAAGAUGUUCUUAAAGUACUAAGUGAAAAUUUAGGAUGCAAUAAUAUUGAAGGAAUAAUGCUUGAUCCUCCUCAGCAAGAGAAAGUAAAAUGGAGUGGUAUGGCCUUUGAGAAGAUGAAUAACCUUAGAAUUCUUGUUGCUCGAAAUGUUCAAUUUUCAACUGGUCCUACCUAUCUACCCAAUAGCUUAAGGUGGCUUGAAUGGGAGGGGUAUCCUUCUGCAACUUUGCCAAAAUAUUUUUCUCCUUCAGAGUUAAUCUUCUUGAAGUUACCUGGAAGUUCUUUUAGACUAAGAGAGCCAUCCAAGAUUUUCACUAGCUAUGUGACACAUUUGGAUUUUUCAUUUUGUGAGUUCAUAACUGAAAUACCUGAUAUGUCUCAAUGUCAAUGUUUACGAAGAUUGGAUUUGCGAUACUGUUUCAAUCUGAUAAAAGUUCAUGAUUCAUUGGGAUCUCUCUCAAAGCUGAUGAAACUAGAUGUUACUAAAUGCACCAAACUUUCCAUUUUCCCACGUGAAAUCAAGAUGGCAUCACUUGACAGCCUUUCUUUUAGAGGAUGCACAAGUCUUGAGUACUUCCCACAUGUAGUGGGAAAGAUGGAUGCACUAGACUACAUUUCAAUAGAUGGCACUGCUAUUAAGGAGCUCCCACCUUCGGUUGGAAAUCUUUCUGGUCUUCGAUAUUUAUAUAUGCAUUCCUGCACAAGUCUUAGGGAACUUCCAUCCAGCUUGUUCAUGUUGCCAAAUCUUGAGACGCUUGAUUUCGGAGGCGUUCAUCCUCAGAACAGAAAGUCUUGGAUGAAGUUAAUGCAAGAUACCGAACCUAUUAUCUGCAGCUAUUAUAUGAAGAAAUUGCUUCUCAUGAAUUGUGGUCUGUUGGAUGAAGAACUUCACCUAAUUCUGAACCGUUUUCAAAAUUUGCAAGAGUUACAUCUAUCAAGCAAUGAUUUUGUGUCCCUCCCACAGUGCAUUAAGGAGUGCACCAACUUGUGGGGGCUAGAAGUGAGUGAUUGCAAGAGGCUAAGAGACAUACCAGAGUUGCCAACAAAGUUGCGUCGUAUAGAAGCAGCAAAUUGCACAUCAUUAACUGCAGAAUCAUUGAACAACUUAUAUUCUCAGGCAAAAAAGGAAUUGCUGAACUUGACAAUCAUUGUGCCGGCAACAACAUUUCCUGAUUGGUUCAACUAUUGCGGUGAAGGAGACACGUUGUGUUUUCGCGUUCGUGGGAGUUUACCUCGUGGAAUUCUCGCAUUUGAGGUGGCAGGGAAAGCGAACAGGAGCAAGGAACAAACGUUCCCAGUUUUUAUGAGCAUCAAUGGUGUGGGAUUGGUGAGACAUGAUUUUGAUGAAGUGAAACAAGACCAUUAUGAUAAAUGGCAUAUUCAAGCUCAACAAGGUAAUUUGUUAUUACUUGACGGAUUUAUUCAAUCUACAGAAGAAGAGCAAAAGCAUCUGAACAAGUUUAUGGGGAUGGAUUGGAAUGAAGUGAGAAUACAAGUUGUGACUGACUCGCCAGAUACAUCAGUUAAGUGGGGAGUUUAUGUCUAC